AUUUCGAGCCAUGCACACCUUGCUGGCGCUCGUCGCUUCGGCGCUGGCGUGCGCCGUAGCCCGCCCACCUGUAGCUACCAAUGCACCGCCCGAGGGACUUCCCGGACCGCAGCGGCAAAGAGUGCCCAUUCCGUCUCCGCCCGAAUUUCUAACGGCUUAUAUUCUUCCGAGAUUCCUCCUUCCACACGACAUCGGCUAUGACGACUCCCCGCGCAUCCCUCAACCACAUGAAGAAAGCCUUCUUGAUCGGGAAAUAAACAUCAUUAAUCAAAUGGAAAUGCAAGAAAUUGAGCCGAACCCAUACGAUUAUGAAUACCCGCGUUGGAUUCCUAACGAGACACCUCCAAACUACAUGAUUAAUAUGCUGAAGAAGCCAUCUGUUUCUCAUCGCUACCCUAAACAGAAACCUACCCAAGACUUAGGAAAUUAUCCCCUUCAAUUUAUUGAGGAUAAACCAAAGAAAGAAGACCAAGAGUCUGAUAGCGUUGAUGAAAAACAAGACCAACCCGCCUCACCUUUGAACGCUAGUGGUCUCAAAAAAUCUUUCGCUUUGACACCUUUUGAUUCUGGAUAUUACAAAAAGACAACUGAUUUAAAGACAAUUUCACCUCAACCUGCGGUCGAGCAACGCAAGGAACUAGACUCUGUCGUUGAACCUCGUCAAAUACGGCAAAAUCCUAACUUGAGUAAAAAUAAAGCGCUCGUUGCUGGCAACCUGGAGAGGCUUCGCACUGGAUUGGCUAAUAAGGACUACCGUUUACCUGUCUCCUUACUGCCCAACACUCUACGCUGGUUGAAAAUAAACCGACAGAAUCUAAAUGUCGUUAAUGAGAGUACCCAUGAAUAUGUGGAGAGCACUGACAAACCGCAUCACAUUCACGUUCUGGAGACUCCGACUACGGACCCAGCCAACUCUAUCUAUGGAAUAGCUCUCCUGGCUGCGGUCGGCGCUGCUCUGACAAUGGCGAUCAUCGGGUUUGCGGUUGGAUGGUAUACGUUAUCAAGGAAGGCAAAAGCAGCGGCUGAUGUGGAUUACCCCGCUUAUGGAGUAACAGGACCUACUGUUGACAGCUCUGGGGAUAGAAAGCUGGCCCAGUCUGCCCACAUGUACCACUACCAGCACCAGAAGCAACAGAUCAUUGCGAUGGAAAGGAACGGCAUGGAUCAUCGCAAUGGUUCUGUUUCUGACCCUGAAUCUGAAGAGGAAAACGAGGAGGGAGACUACACUGUCUAUGAAUGCCCCGGAUUUGCUACGACUGGUGACAUGGAAGUUAAGAACCCGCUGUUCAAGGAAGAGACGACCCCCGCUACUCCCGCUAAAUGCGAUACGGGAAAGCCGCAGCCCCGUGAAUAAUCGCGACCCCUUCGCCGCUCUGGCGAUGCCCAACGUAUCAGCGUUAACAUGCUGUCACCACUUUUCUUGAUCCGACACUUUGGGACACCGCAAUUUUUCAUUCACCUCAUGAGACGCCAUAACCUCCUCUAAAUAUGAAAAGUGGUUGAACAAUUACGUAAACAGUGGUUUACUUUAUCAUCUCGGAUUCGUCUUUACUCUACAACGCGACGACUAUAUCAUAAAUAAAAAUGUAUUAAUAUCAUGAAAAAUUGCAGCAUCGACUACUGUUCUAUAUAACGUAAUAAAUAAUACAUUCGACACAUUAUAUACAGCAGAUUUAGAACUAUGUCCCAUUAAAAGAACAUAAUCUAACCUAAGAUCAUCGUCAUUCGGCAAAAUAUUGAUAUAAAUUGGAACAUUUAAUUCCAUGAUGCAUCCAUAUACGCAUUUGUACGAUUACAUUGUCAUAACGAUCGCAUAAUAUCAUAAUUUCAUAGAACCUUCAUUUACAAAACACUUGAAGUGUUUUGACUUUUCUAACAAAAAAAAUGUUGCUAGAUUUUGUCGUUAUAUUGAACUAAAUUUUUAGAUAGAACGAUACAAAUUAAUCGAUUUAUUGACUAAAUUAAAUAAAUACGACAGGGAAUCCUAAUAUAAUUGAAAGGUAAUUUUUUUCAAGUAAUUAUUUUUGAUGUUAAAAAUCAACGGCCUAUUCGGAUACUGGGCAAAGGACAUGUGAUUCUCUCUAAUAUCGGUGACAAAUUAAAAAGCGACCUCUGUGCCACGUUUAAAUUGGAAAAAACAGGUGUACAUAGUUAUCUAUAUCAAAUUAUAUUAAAUUAUACUAUAAUCAUUAUCUUGAAUUAUAAACGUCA